GGCUGGGGGGGGUGGCCGGCUGCUGUAAGUGAGACCGGGGUCAGAACUUUGUGGAAGGAAGAAGAAUCUGGGAGGGGGGGGCAGGCAAGAAAAAGGAAGGAGCCCGGAUCAACAGACAGGUGGACAGGCUGAAGAAGUCCCCCCUCCAGUGAGAGGCCCCUAAGAAGGAAUACAUUGCCCCCUGGCCCCCAAGAAGGGAGCACAAUGGAGGCCGCACACUCCAAGUCCACAGAGGAAUGUUUGUCCUAUUUUGGGGUGAGCGAGACCACAGGCCUUACCCCAGACCAAGUAAAGCGGCAUCUGGAAAAAUACGGCCCCAAUGAGCUCCCUGCUGAGGAAGGCAAGUCCCUGUGGGAGUUGGUGGUAGAGCAGUUUGAAGACCUGCUGGUACGCAUCCUUCUGCUGGCCGCCUGCAUUUCCUUCGUGCUGGCCUGGUUUGAGGAAGGCGAAGAAACUGUCACCGCCUUUGUGGAGCCUUUUGUCAUUCUCUUGAUCCUCAUUGCCAACGCCAUUGUCGGGGUCUGGCAGGAACGGAAUGCAGAGAACGCCAUCGAGGCUCUGAAAGAAUAUGAACCCGAGAUGGGGAAGGUCUAUCGGGCUGACCGAAAGUCAGUGCAAAGGAUCAAGGCCAGGGACAUCGUCCCUGGGGAUAUUGUGGAGGUGGCUGUGGGGGACAAAGUCCCGGCAGACAUCCGCAUCCUCUCCAUCAAAUCCACCACUCUCCGGGUUGACCAGUCCAUCUUGACAGGAGAGUCUGUAUCUGUCAUCAAGCACACAGACCCUGUCCCUGACCCCCGAGCCGUCAACCAGGACAAGAAGAACAUGCUCUUCUCAGGUACCAACAUUGCAGCCGGCAAGGCCGUGGGCAUCGUGGCCACCACUGGUGUGAGCACUGAGAUUGGCAAGAUCCGAGACCAAAUGGCUGCCACUGAGCAAGACAAGACCCCACUGCAGCAGAAGCUUGAUGAGUUUGGGGAGCAGCUGUCCAAGGUCAUCUCCCUCAUCUGUGUGGCUGUCUGGCUUAUCAACAUCGGACAUUUCAACGACCCUGUCCAUGGGGGCUCCUGGUUCCGGGGGGCCAUUUACUACUUCAAGAUUGCUGUGGCCUUGGCUGUGGCAGCCAUCCCAGAAGGGCUACCUGCUGUCAUCACCACCUGCUUGGCCUUGGGGACCCGCCGGAUGGCAAAGAAGAACGCCAUCGUGAGGAGCUUGCCCUCUGUGGAGACCCUGGGCUGCACCUCUGUCAUCUGUUCUGACAAAACAGGGACCCUCACCACCAACCAGAUGUCGGUUUGCAAGAUGUUCAUCAUUGACAAGGUGGACGGGGAUGUCUGCUCGCUGAACGAGUUCUCCAUCACAGGCUCCACCUAUGCUCCCGAGGGAGAGGUCUUGAAGAAUGAUAAGCCAAUCCGAGCAGGGCAGUAUGAUGGGCUGGUGGAGCUGGCCACCAUCUGUGCCCUCUGCAAUGACUCCUCCUUGGACUUUAAUGAGACCAAAGGUGUCUAUGAGAAGGUGGGCGAGGCCACGGAGACAGCCCUCACCACCUUGGUGGAGAAGAUGAAUGUGUUCAACACUGAAGUGAGGAGCCUCUCUAAAGUGGAGAGGGCUAACGCCUGCAACUCGGUGAUCCGCCAGCUCAUGAAGAAGGAAUUCACCCUGGAAUUCUCCCGAGACAGAAAGUCUAUGUCUGUCUACUGUUCCCCAGCUAAGUCAUCCCCUGCUGUAGGAAACAAGAUGUUUGUCAAGGGUGCCCCCGAGGGAGUCAUCGACCGCUGUAAUUACGUGCGUGGCACAACCCGUGUGCCGUUGACAGGCCCCGUGAAGGAAAAGAUCAUGUCGGUGAUCAAGGAGUGGGGCACUGGUCGGGACACCCUACGAUGCCUGGCCCUGGCCACCCGGGACACCCCCCGACGAGAGGAGAUGGUUCUGGAUGACUCGGCCAAGUUCAUGGAGUAUGAGAUGGACCUGACGUUUGUUGGUGUUGUGGGCAUGUUGGAUCCACCCCGCAAGGAGGUCACAGGCUCUAUCCAGCUGUGCCGUGACGCUGGGAUCCGGGUGAUCAUGAUCACGGGGGACAACAAGGGUACAGCCAUUGCUAUCUGCCGACGCAUUGGCAUCUUUUCGGAGAAUGAGGAGGUGACAGAUCGUGCCUACACUGGCCGUGAGUUUGACGAUCUGCCCCUGGCUGAGCAGCGGGAGGCCUGCAGACGCGCCUGCUGCUUCGCCCGUGUGGAGCCCUCACACAAGUCCAAGAUUGUGGAGUACCUGCAGUCCUACGAUGAGAUCACAGCCAUGACAGGGGAUGGUGUCAAUGAUGCCCCUGCCCUGAAGAAGGCCGAGAUUGGCAUUGCCAUGGGAUCUGGUACUGCUGUGGCUAAGACAGCCUCUGAGAUGGUACUAGCUGAUGAUAACUUCUCCACUAUUGUGGCUGCUGUGGAGGAGGGCCGAGCCAUCUACAACAACAUGAAGCAGUUCAUCCGCUACCUCAUUUCCUCCAACGUGGGCGAGGUGGUCUGUAUCUUCCUGACAGCCGCCUUGGGGCUGCCCGAGGCCCUGAUCCCUGUGCAGCUGCUAUGGGUGAACUUGGUGACCGAUGGGCUCCCUGCUACAGCUCUGGGAUUCAACCCACCUGACCUGGACAUCAUGGACCGUCCCCCCAGGAGUCCCAAGGAGCCUCUCAUCAGCGGCUGGCUCUUUUUCCGCUACAUGGCAAUUGGGGGCUACGUGGGUGCAGCCACUGUGGGAGCAGCUGCCUGGUGGUUCUUGUAUGCUGAAGACGGGCCUCAUGUCAGCUACCACCAGCUGACUCACUUUAUGCAGUGCACUGAGGACAACCCUGAAUUCGAUGGCCUGGACUGUGAGGUCUUUGAGGCCCCUGAGCCCAUGACUAUGGCCUUGUCUGUGUUGGUGACCAUUGAGAUGUGCAAUGCUCUCAAUAGCCUGUCUGAGAACCAGUCUCUACUACGGAUGCCGCCCUGGGUGAACAUCUGGCUGCUGGGUUCCAUCUGCCUGUCCAUGUCCCUCCACUUCCUCAUCCUCUAUGUUGACCCCCUGCCGAUGAUCUUCAAGCUCCGGGCCCUGGACUUUACCCAGUGGCUCAUGGUCCUCAAGAUCUCACUUCCGGUCAUUGGCCUAGACGAGCUUCUCAAGUUCAUUGCUCGGAACUAUCUGGAGGAUCCAGAAGAUGAAAGAAGGAAGUAACCAGCCCUCUCGCCCUGUCUUCCCCGCCCUAAUAGCCCGCAUCUUCAGCCAGAGCUGAGACACAGACCCUUCUUCUCCCCCAGUUCUGUUUAUAAACAAAGUUCCCGGCCCCUCUGUCCCCCUUCAGCAACCUGCCCUCCCUCUGAACCUUGUAAAUCCCCUUCCCGACCUCACGGGGCUGGCAGGAACAAGGCGACUGACUGAGCUGAGCUGCUUAUUUAUUGAAAAUAAAUGACAGAAAAGUCUGA